UAUAGCGUUGAAAACUACCUGGCACGCCUCUACAUAAUCAGAAUCCAUUUUGUAGCGUCAUUUUCCCUCACAUCGUUAACUGCUUCGAAACAGUUUUAAGACAGACAAAGAGUAAGUACUCAAGUAUUAUUGUUAUAGUUAUAUGAUAACAAUUAUUAGACAACCUUUUCGUUUAAUGACAGUUUCCGUUGCAUUGCAAUCCUUAAGAAUAAUGUGGGCUAGUCUCAAUCUAAAAAAAAAGCAACCUUGCCGCGUGCUCGCCACGCUGUUAUCUCAGCGGCUCGCUUGCAUAAUUGUCAGUCAAAUUAAUUGGUUUAAGGUGUAAUCAGUUAAUCGUGAUAAAUACAUAUUCGCCCAAUUUUCUACACAUAAUGAAUAAUGCUCAUUAUAAAAUAAAAUGUCGGUCUUGUGUCAAAGACUACUGAAACCGGGAAGUGAUGAUGCCGCCGACCCCCCCCCUUUUUUUUUUUCCCUCUUCAUUUAUCUGACACCCCCCACACGACCCCCACACAAGUACACAUUAAGAGUAAUUAAAUUAUAAAGUAUAGCCCAAUUUUCUACACAUAAUGAAUAAUGCUCAUUAUAAAAUAAAAUGUCGGUCUUGUGUCAAAAACUACUGAAACCGGGAAGUGAUGAUGCCGCCGACCCCCCCCCCUUUUUUUUUUUCCCUCUUCAUUUAUCUGACACCCCCCACACGACCCCCACACAAGUACACAUUAAGAGUAAUUAAAUUAUAAAGUAUAGUAUAGUAAGAAGCAAAAGCUUAAAAAGUGGCCACAUUCCACAAGCAGGUUUUAAUCUCUUUUUACUCAAAUUAUUAUUUCUAGAGAAAUAAUUUUUAAAAUUCAUUUUUACCUCAUGGAACUUCAUUUAUUUUUAAAAGUAAAACACCAUGACCAUGUACCUUUUUUGUUUUAAUUCAACAAUUUAACAAAUUAUACACUAUCAAAUAAAGUAUAUUUUCAUGGAUCUCUUGUCUUUCAUGGUGCCAUUGUAAAUCAAGGAGAACCCUUGCUGUCUUCAAAGAUACCUUAUAAAAGUAAGAAAGGUGCCCAAUUACUAAUUGGCAGAUUAACUCUAGGCACUUGGAUACAAAAUUUUAAAAAAUUCAAAUAAUUUUUUUAAUGGCACAGUUAGUUAGAGCUAAUUUCAAAUAAAAAAAAUGAAACCAGAAUCAACUUUUAUGCUUAAGUACUUUUUGAGCUAUGAAUUUUUAAAGUGUGAGUUCGUUUGGUAUUUUUUACUAUGGACGAAACCUCCACAUCUUGUGACCUCAUUCCGCUGAUCGCGUCAUGUGCAAUGACUAUAUACUUUAUAUAAGGCAACGCAUCGCCUUAUCACUAAAAUACUGUUUAGGGUCGACUUAGUUUAAACUUUCAACUUUGGCACAUGAAUAAUUAAUUAAAGCUUUCCCUGACCAAUGGUUUAAUAGUUUUUGCACACGGCAAACUCUUAUGAAUGAAACUCUGAGGUAGUACUACGAUACAGUUAUGCAAGUGGCUGUGAAUGGUUGCCAAUGACAACGUGUUGCACACGGUAAAUUCUGAUCAUUUAUAAUAUGGAUUCUACCGGGUUGUUAAAGCUCAAAUUAAAACAUUCCAGUUUAAAUGUCUUUAAAAUGCAUUCUGAAACACAAGUUAUCAAUUAUUUUGAUGUAAAUAGUGAUAAUAAAUUAAUAUUUCCUAAGUAUCGUCAACUUCCGCCAUUAAAAAGGGGGGCGUGGCCAACCCCAUGGCGAAAUUAGGUUGAGCGAGCUGCAUGACCUGCUGCGAACGCGUAGAAACAUGGCGUCUCUCGUAAGACACUUAUCCAAAUGGAACGGAACUCAAAUAUAUAUCGAAAGUACUAAUUUAAUAAUAAAUAGACACACACAUCGGAAAAUUAAAAACUCGGAUUUUUUGGCGCCGAUUGCGAAAUCCCAUACACAAAAAGUAGUAGUCUCCCUUGACUUACCGAAGUAUCUAUUAACUCUUUACAUUCCUUGAAAUUUGCAUGUUUUUAUUAGAUUUCUAGUGACCUUAAAAAAGUCAAUAACUUUUAGAAUCCUUUUCUAAAAUUCAUGAUGUUAUAUAUAUUAUUGUGGGAAAAUGCAUGAGGUUUUUAAAAAUAGUUGUUUUCAAACACAAAUUGUCAAAGUGUCAAUACUUAAAAGUUGUGAAAAAAAUAAAGCAAUUUUUUUAAACGAAGUGUCUACACAUCAGCGGCAUGUCACGUGACCUCCGGACGGCUAGUAGUUUUUAUAAUUCCGAACGAAGUGCAGUUUGGUAGAUCUUGUGUGGUCUGAUAGAGUGGUCGCUUGACGAUACUAUGAUUUGAGGAUCAAUACGAUCUUUUUUUUUUCUUCCCGUUUUAAUUAAAAAUAUUUUAUACUAAAUUUAAAUUAUGUUCAUCAGCAACAGUAGUUUCAUGAGAAGUUUUUAAAUAUUUUGUAGCAAUUUAAACAAUUUAAAAUGACAUCUUUUACCUUUAUUGGUUGCCUACUCCACACUGGCCCCAAAUUUAUUUUAUGGAUUACUGGUACACAAACUCAAAUAACAAACUAAACAAAAAUGUUUACAAGUCACUUUCACUUAAGUUUUUUUCUAUUAUUUGCAUUCAAGAUACUCAGAUUACUUGGUAGAGAAAUAGAUUUUAAAAUUAAUAAUAGUUUUGAAUCAUUCGCUGUCAACGUGACAAGGCUGACCGACAAGAUUUCUCUCGCCACUUUGUUACGGCGGUCAUGUGGCUUGGUCGCCGGACAAAUAGUGGGGGAGAUAUACGUCCGGCGCGCCGCACUAUUUAGAAAGCAAAUUAAUUUUCUUAUAUCAUAUGCAUGAUUUAGAACAUUUCAUGAGAAUUUGACCAAAAUAUAAAUUAUUUUGUAAAAUGUGUCAAAAGUGGGAAAUAAUUUUUUAAAAAUAAUCACCGCCCCCCACCAAGCAUUCACAAAGAUUAGAGGUUAUUAUUAUUUUACCUUUUAAAAAUUACUUCAAGAUUUUAAAAAAUAAUAGAGAUUUUAUACUUCAUGGUACUGUUAGUCAGAAAGUUUCUUGUUUUUUUAACAAAGAUCAAUUUACCAUGCACUAUAUUUGAUUAAAACUUUUAUUUCUUAUCAUUCCUAGUUUAUAGCGCUAGCACACUGACAAUUGCUUUUAAAAUCUAUGCAAUCAGGAAUUCUUGCAUUUAGAUUGUAUUUGGUGUUAUUUACAUUUGCAGCUCUUGGAACUGCAUCACUUUUAGUCAAUCAUCAAAUGCUAAAAUAAUUUCCUCGGUGAAGUCAGUUGAGAAUAAAAUGUCAGGUAGCUUCAGUUCAUCUAUAUCAUAGUUUUCUUUUGAACAAUCCUGAAGAGAUUAUAGCUGGCAUUAUCAACAAAAUGGAAAAGGAGAUUAGUCCAGUGCUGUUCUCUUUACUUAGAAUUGUGUAUUCAUUUAUCAACUGGUCAACACCACACAGGUCACAGGAAUGAAUUGUAUGAUUUCAAAAUCUGAUUUGACAAUAUUUGGUUUUUCUCCCCAAUAAUUGCCUAGAAAUACACCAUCAGUUUUGGUUUUGUUCACAAAAGAAAAUCCAUUUGCAGUCAUUAUUUGAAAUAAAAGAGGCUUGUCUAAUUUUCUCUCCACUGAACAUAGUAUAAAUUAUUAUCCAUCACAUCAUAUCACAUUGGUUUGGUUUUUAUCUUUAUUUACUUCUGAUAAAGUCUGACAAGUUCACUUUGCACAGUUUGUCCUCAUUGUCUGUUUCAAUAUUAUAAACUUAGAAGAAUGUCUUAUUUGAAUAAAUCUGUUUUGAGGAAUACAGCAUGAGCCCACAAUUCAUGGUAGUAGUGAAACAUUGUUGCGGUUGACGAGUAUUUUUGUACACUGAAGACUUGUAUUGUUGACAUGCACAUUAGUAGUCCUAGAAAUGUGUAAAAGUGGUAUGUUGUUGAGUUAUCAACAAACCACAGUUGAUGGAUGGUUUAGAAAGUCCCAUGGUAGUUGAAUAGGUGUAUUUUACAAAUGGUUCAACCAAAUUCAGUGUGAUACAUAUCUUGAAAAGCCUUAGAUUUUAGGAUGCAGAUUGUAUCCAUGUUAUGAUGACAUUUCUUCCCACACAUGUCAGCCUGUCUUUCUGGCUGGGGGAAACUUUGGAGUGGGAACCAGUGGGUCAUCAUCUCGAACCUCAUACAAACCUAGCCUGGGAAUGUACAAGAACUAAUAUUAUAGACCUAUAAGAUGCAACUAUUAGGGAUGCAAUGAAUAUAAAAUAUAUACUUAAUUAAAUUUCCAGUUUUUAAUACUUCAAAUACUGUCUAAAAAUCGUAAUUCAAAAAAAAUUAGUGUCAGAUAAUUAAUUUUUUAAAACACAUAGAUGUCAAAUGUCAUGGUCUUUAGAAUAAAAUAUAUCAUAAUAAUCAGUGUGACUGCAUUGUAUAUACGUUUUUUAAUAAUAAUACCGUUUACAUUUGAGAUUAACCUCUUCCAGUAUGUCAAGUGAAUUAAAAUGGCCGCCAACGGCUGUUUUUAACUUUUUGUCACAUGUCAAGAAUUGUAAAUUCCUGCUAUUAUCUGUAUUGUUUUAAAUAAGUGAUUCAUUUUUAACAAUAUAUGAACUAUGCAUCAAAGUAAUUUUCCACGUCGAUCAACCAUUUAAAAAGCACGGCGAAAUCACUUACCCCACUUUCACUUUACAACAGAUCAUCUCAGCGUAGUCAGAUUUCAACUUUAUUUAUAUCCUCAUAACCGUCGUGCACAGCGGAUUCAAAAUAAAAUGAGUUCGUCUAUUUUAAGAAAUGGCGCAAAACAACGCUAAGUCACGACAACUACCGAAAAUGGUCAGCGCCAGCUGAUCACAGCAAUAGGCUGCGAUUAGCCCGCUUCUUCCUACUGCCCGCGAAGCGAGUAUUGGAGUGCUUACAAUUGGAUUUAUCUAGAUUUUUUUAAAAGUUGUAUUUAUUUAAUUACUUUAUUUUAUGUCUAGGUGGCACAUAUUUCUUUCAAAUCGGUGGUUUAGACAAGUUAAAAUAUUUAAGUAUCUCAUGCCUUGGCAUCUUUGAUAUCUGGAGGGCCAUCCGUGUAGGGCUGUAUAAAGGUGAUACUCGCAAGGUGCGUCAACAUCGAGGAGCACUUUUUCUAUUCACUAGGGGCUGUAGUUGCAGUCUUUGCACAGGGCACCAAUUUUCCUUUGCCCGGUCCUGCAUCCAUUACGGACUUAUUAAUACUCUUCGAUUUUAGUGUUUUGGGUGGGGGGUAUGUGGGACAAUAUUCGGUCCACCACGGGCAGUGUUUUCGGCCAAGUGAAAGUUAUGGUGUUUUGGGUUUUUUAAAAUUUAGUGGUAGUGGCGGCGCAACUCUAGGCCAGCUUCGGGCGGUUUCACUAAGACUCUAUGGCAUUCUUUUUUAUUCCUAGCUGUUGUUACUGUACUAGAUCACAUGCACAGCCAUGUCUCUGGUUUACACCUCGUUAGGUAAUCCUUGGUUCGCUCGUUUCGAUGAUGCAUGAAAGUCAACCAACGCUAGGAACUUUGUCACUCUCUGAUGUUGGUGAAAUUCUAUUACAUAGCCGGACUGGGGAAUGUUUACCUUGUUCAGUAAACCUAGCAUUACGUUUUAAGGGCAUGAUUUUUUCAAAAUUUAUACACAUUUUUAUUCAUUACAAACUUUCUUAAUUUUUCAGAAUGGGUACAAGAGUUUAUAUUGGCCGUUUAUCUUAUCAUGCUAGAGAAAAGGAUAUUGAACGAUUUUUCAGAGGAUAUGGACGAAUAAGAGAUAUUAUGUUAAAAAAUGGAUAUGGAUUUGUGGUAAGUGCACGUGCAAAUAAAUUAAAUGUAGCAUUUAUUUGAAAAAAAUGAAAUUCUCCUUUGGCUCUCUUACUAAAACUUGGCUUCCUGCCAAAGCAAGAGGACAUGAUUCAGUUUUAAAUUAUUUUUAACUCGAACAUGUGACUUUGAUUAAUUUUUUAAGAUUGUUUGCUUUGCAUAUUUAUCUUUGGCUAAUAGAAAUUUCUGUACUUUUAAGGAAUUUGAUGAUUACAGAGAUGCAGAUGAUGCCGUCUAUGAACUCAAUGGAAAAGAGCUGUGUGGAGAAAGGUAUGUUGCAUUUUAGUUAGUUAUUUAAUAUAAAAUGGGUAGGUUAUUCGUUCCUAAUGAGAAAAAAAUAAAUUGUAAAAGUUAAAUUUAUUAAAAGUGUUAGAUCAAUGAAUCUUAUAGUUGAAGUCUGUUUCUUCUCAACCCUAUUUCCUUUCUGUCCAAUCUUUCUAGCGCUAACAUCUUUAAAGUUUCCCUGUCCUAUGCUGACUGUAUUGAUUAUAAUUUGUUGUGUUUAAGUUUGUUCAUGGCAAUCUUGAGUUGUUUUUUUUAUUAUUGUUUUUUUUGUGAACGUUUCUGUGUUGGGUUGUGAUGGCAUUUCAGGAGUUUCGAGGAAAAGUGAUUUCGAACAGGAACCAUAGGCUCAAUUUUUUUUACAAGUUUGGCCGUUCUUUCUUUAAUUCCUAAAAUAGUUAUUAAUUUUUACUAAUUUAAGUUUAAUAUUACUAAACUUAGUCAAUAAUUACCAUGUGGGUGCAAGACAUUGUCCAAUUAGUCCAAUAGCAAGGGUUGGGAAACACUGGCAUACAUAUUUUAGUGUUUAAUAACGGAAGUUCCUUUUUAUACAAUUAUUGCCAUGUACAGCACUCUUGCACAUUAUUAUACCAUUUCUUAUUUGCUUUAGUCAGCAUUUAAUGCAAUGGAUUUAAUAUUUUAUUUGUUAAUUUUUUCAUAUGUGACAAUUCUAGGUGGGUUGGGAUAUUUUUUUUUUUAUGAACUUAAGACUUUCAAUGGAGAGUUGAAAACCAUCAUUGGUAGUUUUGCAUUUUUACCUCCCAAUGAACUGAAUAUUCUUAUUACACGCGUAUGCUCUUUUAUUUUUCAGGGUUGUAAUUGAACAUGCACGCGGCUCGGGGAGACCCCCAGUUUCUAGAUCUAGAGGUUCAUCUGCUUGGUUAGACAAGUAAGGGGAUUGCUAUUAUAGACACUUUUUACCCCACCUUCUUUAUGCAUUUUUCUGUUUCCCUUCAGAGUGAGUGUUGAGCACGCCCGAGGGCCGCGCAGUGACGACUCGUUUCGUGACCGCGGCUUUAGAGGACGCCGAGGUGGUGGUAGGCGGGACAAGUAAGCAUCUUUGAUGGAGACAUUUUGAAAUCUUGUUUUCCACAUUAUAAUUAUGUUCAAUAUAAUUACUAUUUUUCCCACUUAAAAUAAUACUUAUCUCUUCCUUGCUUAACUCCUUGGAAUGGGAACACAGAAAAAGGCCAUGUCAAUCAUAGGUUUUGUGAACAUAGUUGAUUUAGAAAGUACAGUCAUUUCCUUUCCAUAUAUUCUGUUAUUGGAAAAAUUUUCUUCGUUACAGCUUUAACAGAAGCUACGUUUAUUUUAAGCACAAUAACUACCAGUAUUUAAAAGUUCACGAUCCCACUUAGAAGUAUUGGUCCUAAAAAAAUAUUUUUUUUUUUGUUAAGAGUAUGUUGCAACUCUAAAAAUCAAUUGGUGCUAAUUUGAAAUCUGCCUCUAAUGUAACAUGAUGAUAACCUUUUGCGUGUCAUCUGACAUUCCUAUUAGCAUUAGCAAAAUUUUAUCUGCUAUAUGCUCUAAGGUAUGAUUUUCAAUGGUUACUGAUUACUUUACUUUCAUUUCAGUUAUUUUUGUAAAGUGUCUUAAAUAUCUUAAAUAUUAAAAGAAAUGGCAUUGCAAUAUUUUUAUUUAUUUAGGUAUGGUCCACCAACCCGCACUGACCAUAGGCUUAUUGUUGAAAAUCUUUCCUCUCGUGUCAGUUGGCAGGUAUGUUUAAAUCGAUUUCUUACUUUUCUGGUGGGUUUCAUUCACAAUUUACAAAAUUUGGUCAUUUUAGUUUUGACACACUUAACAUAUCCUUUUGAAACAUGAGGUGAUCACUUUUUACUGUUAAGGAUUUUAUAUUAUUACUCAAGUUCAAGAGUAGGACUGGGUUUAUUUUGUUUUUUUCUUCCUUGGGACCGACUAGAUUAAAACAAAUAAUAGCAAAUUUGCAACCACCAAAAAACAAAUCAAAAAAUUUAAAAGACAUAUUGUUCUCAUUCCCAUAAGCCUCCUCUUCAAAGAUGAGAUGAAGUAAACAAGGGCACUCUAUGAUGUCCGGGCUUAAUAGCUCUCCUUAAGAGAUGAUGAUGAGUCUGGCUGAGGGGAUGACUCGAAGCUUUCACUCUAAACUGGCUGUGACGGGGGGGCCUUUUCAUAUCCUUGUCGCUUGCCUGCCAGGUCGGGCCUGGGGGAUAGGGUACCAUACCAGAAUAACGUCCUGUGAGAGCCAGAAGAGAUAGUUUGUUUUAAAUAAUGGAUUUGAUCCUAUGCCAACCGUCGUAAAUGUAUUAGGUAAAGAGUGGUACCGACAUCAGUGAUGUCCAUUUUCGCCCAUCUGAAAAUUGCUGUUGCCUGCUGUUGGAACACCUGGUAGUCUUUAUUAUGUCGAUGUGUAGUUGUAAGUGAUGAUGAGUGAAGUGAGUCGUAUGCCAAAAGACGAAUAGUGCACAGACGACCCCCUGGCCUGCGUGAGUUCUUUAGGGCUCCUUAGACUGACUGACUAGGGCCAUUGCUUGUUCAAAAUUAUAGAGGUAAUCUACUUUGCACUUAAAAAGUGUUACUGGUAUCUUGAAAUGGGUUUGGGCACUGUAUCAGCUUUUUAAGUUUUCCCAUCUAGAUAUAUUCAAAUUUCUGUGAUUUAAUUAUUCACAUCCCCAGUCUUUCUUGUAGAAUAACAUAAACAUUUUAUUUUUUAAUGGCCCCUAGUGUCUUACAAUGAGUGAAUACAUUUAAUUGGAGGCUUUUUAUUCAUGAGUACUGUCAUACUAUUUGGAACCUCCAAUGUUGGAAUGUAUUUUUUAAAUAUUUAUUAACAGUUAAGCUAUAAUCCAACUUGUAAUUGAGACUACUCAUCCAAAACUGAAGCAGCUUUAAUGCUUGGUAUUAGGAUUAAGGGUGACAAGCAUUUGAUUGGAGUUUGCAGCUUGCAGUUUUUUCAAUAUAUGUUUUGUUGCUUGUACGAAACUUGGACAGCAGAUUUGGGUUUGCCCAAUUAACAGUUGUUUUUUGUUGUUUUUUUGUAUUGAAUGCAUUCAACUCAUUAGCAUGUUCAUUUUAUCAUUUGUUUAAUUUGAAGGAUCUUAAGGACUAUAUGCGUCAAGCCGGAGAGGUAACAUAUGCGGAUGCCCAUAAAAAACACAGAAAUGAGGGGUGAGUUUGGUUUCAAUGACUUGUUACAAACUGCAGCAUUGUGAUGUACCAUCUUUCGGGGCUGACAUUGAUGAUGCCAAUCUUAACUGAAUGCUGUUUUUCCUUAACUUAUUUUAUAUUUGUUUUAUUGUUUGGUUUAAUAUAGCUACAGUUUAAAAAAAAUGAAUCCAUGAGGUGCUGUGAUCAUUUUUCAGCAUAUUUUUAGAUCAUGUCUCCAUAUCAUCAAGGGUUUAAUAACUUUGAUAUGUGUCAGAGGCCCAUCUUAGUAUGUUUAUAUUCUCAGUAUAUAUUCUGAUUAAACUGGAUAAGGGGUAUACAUGACUUUGGGACUUGUAGUGAGAUAAGUUAGGUGAUUAUGUCUUUGUCUUGUUGUGCUAUUUUACUCUUGAGGCAUUGUUGUUUUCAAAGGCUAGAUUGGAUACAAAUUCGACAGUAUUUUAUUUUACAAAGAACUAUAGUGUUUGUAAGUCUGACUAUUGAAAGCUCUUAAUAGUUUUGUAAAGGUGUAUUGCUUAUAUUAAUACAUUAUUUCCCCACAUUUGUUUUCACGAUUUGCUUUCUUCCCCUUCACAGGAUUAUUGAAUUUGCUACGGCUGCUGACCUAAGGAAUGCCAUUGAAAAGUUAGAUGGUACUGAGAUAAAUGGUCGUAAAAUCAGGCUGAUUGAAGACAAGCCUAGAAAACACAGGUUUGUUUUGUGACACUAUGCCCUCCCACCUUCUAAGAUCAUUUAUAGUUACAGCAUAAUGAUGUUCCAUCUUUCGGGGCUGAAUAUGAUGAUGCCACAAUCUCCUGAAUGCUGAAUAAAUUUUUGUAUAUUGGUUUGUGAAGAGUCUUUUUCCCUAUGGAUGUGCCCUGAAAAGCUACUCUCAAUUUUACUGUUUAUAAAGCAACGGAAUCAUACAUUCUUCCACACCUGAUGUCGUGAUUUAAAUUUUAAAUAACUGAAUUCUGUUUCACUUACAAUGUGUGUGUUUUAUUUUGGUGCUCCCAUCUGGCACGUUUGUCGGAAGUUGCAAAGGUUUAAGCCUAGAAAACACAGGUUUGUUUUGUGACACUAUGCCCUCCCACCUUCUAAGAUCAUUUUAUAGUUACAGCAUAAUGAUGUUCCAUCUUUCGGGGCUGAAUAAGAUGAUGCCACAAUCUCCUGAAUGCUGAAUUUUUGUAUCUUGCUUUGUGAUGAGUCUUGAUAUCAUAUUGAUUCUGGUAAACUGUUAGCUCAUUCCCUAUGGAUGUGCCCUGAAAAGCUGCUCUCAAUUUUACUGUUUAUAAAGCAAUGGAAUCAUACAUUCUUCCACACCUGAUGAUGUCGUGAUUUAAAUUUUAAAUAACUGAAUUCUGUUUCUCUUACAAUAUGUGUGUGUUAUUUUGGUGCUCCCAUCUGGCACGUUUGUCGGAAGUUGCAAAAGUUAAGCCUAGAAAACAGUUUGUUUUGUGACACUAUGCCCUCCCACCUUCUAAGAUCAUUUUAUAGUUACAGCAUAAUGAUGUUCCAUCUUUCGGGGCUGAAUAAGAUGAUGCCACAAUCUCCUGAAUGCUGAAUUUUUGUAUCUUGCUUUGUGAUGAGUCUUGAUAUCAUAUUGAUUCUGGUAAACUGUUAGCUCAUUCCCUAUGGAUGUGCCCUGAAAGCUGCUCUCAAUUUUACUGUUCAUAAAGCAACGGAAUCAUAAAUCCUUCCACACCAGAAUGAUGUCGUGAUUUAAAUUUUAAAAUAACUGAAUUCUGUUUCACUUACAAUGUGUGUGUUUUAUUUUGGUGCUCCCAUCUGGCACGUUUGUCAGAAGCUGCAAAGGUUUUGUGACAAUAUGCCCUCCCACCUUCUAAGAACAUUUUAUAGUUAACAGCAUAAUGAUGAACAGCAUAAUGAUGUUCCAUCUUUCGGGAUUGAAAAUAAAUGAUGCCAUAAUCCUCUGAAUACUGUAUAAAUUUGUGUCCAUUGUUUGGUGAUGAGUCUUGGUAUAAUAUUUAUUCUGUUGGCACCUGACAGCCAGCCACUAAUUUUUGUUCUUAAUUUUUAUAGCAACAGACUCACAUGUCCUUCCCCAUUUUAAGAGAAAAAAAAAAUUACUUUCAAUAUGUGUGCUUUAGUGUGGUUGCCCCUAUUUCUAACACUUUGAAGCUAAAAAAGUUUGGUUUAUUGCUGUUAAUCUUUUUCUUGUAGCUAAUGCAUUUUUAGAAGCAACAAAACAUAUAAACCAAGUUACUCCAGAAUAUUUAUAACUGGCAGUGUGAUAGCCGUAUAGAAUGAGUUAAUAACCAAUUUGACUCGUAAAUAUUCAUGUUAUUUAUUAACUUCCGUAACGGUCAUCAGAUAUCUAUUAAUUACCUGUAGCACUAAAUCUGUACUAAAAAGGGUUGCCACUCUCUGUUUAGUACUACCGGUUUGCAAUUUCAUUGUCAUCAAAUUAUUUUAUUUCUACAGCCGCUCUAGGAGUAGAUCUAGAUCCAGAAGUCGUCGUAGAAGUCGAUCAAGGAGCGGAAGUCGGUCAAGAAGUAGAAGUCGUAGUAGGUCUCGAAGCGAUAGUAAAGACAAAAAGUCCAAGAGCAGAUCUGCAAGUCCAUCCAGGAAGAAGUCGACCUCAAGAUCUAGGUCACGUUCACGUUCUAGAUCUCAAGACAAGGAAAAUGGAGAUCAAGAUGGUGAUAGAAUUAAUGAUGAUUGAAUGUAUGGGUAAAUGGCUUGUCUGUAUGAUUUAAUCAAUUGGAGUAUGGAAGGUUUUUUUAAUGUAAAAAUUUUAUCUUGCUCUUCAUCUUUAACUGAAGAACGAACCUUCUAAAAUUCAUACAUUUCAUGAGAUGGUUUUUGCAUCCAUUGUAAUUAUGUUCAAUUAAGGUAAUCAACUUUUCUGUAGAGUGGUGAAUGUGUGUGGAUGAGUAAACUGGUGAUUUUUUGAUUUUUUUAAAAAUCAGACUCAUUACAUAAAGUACAUUAGUGAACAGUUCCUGGGUAGAUGAUGUAAAAGUUCACUAUUGACAAAAAUAUUUUAAAAUUUUCUGUUUCUUGUUGCUAACAGCAGGUUGAUGAGUUGCAUUCUUUGUUUUCCAAAGAUAGAUUUGCAUUGGCCCAUGAAAGCUAUUGCUUGUGUUGGUGUGACUUAAUUUUGAUGUUACAAUGUGUAGAAAUGACAGUAUGCACCUUGGUAAUGUUUAAAUUUUAAAGAUUGAUUUUGUUAAAAUCUAUUCUGGUGUCUAAUUGAGCUGUAAUGUGUAUAGAUGUUUUAUGAUUGUCCCAAGUCUUGUAUAUUAUUUCAUGAUUACAUAAUAAAUGCAUUGAGAAUUA